UAGUUAAAACGUAUCACUGUGUAAAUGUUAUUAUCAUUGUUAAUUUAAGAAACGAGAGUACAUAAAUCCUUGAACAAAUCAUCUAUAGAAACGGUUCAGUGUAAAUAAUCCAGUUUAGAUUAAAUUCGUGAUAAUAACGAGUGAAGCGCUGUUUGUUAUUAUUAGUAAUUAAAACAAAACUGUUACAAGUGUUUACAUGGAGAUGGAAUACCCUAACAUCGAACGACCAGAGGGUUCAGUUUAUCCCAAAAUCUAUAAAGAGUUUGAAGGGAAGUUGAGAGACGACGGACGCCGCAAAUUUUGGAUACAGGAUCUCACUGAAGAAUAUUUCGAUGAAGUCAUCAAAGGAUGCAUUGAAGGCUUCUCCGUUGAAGAACCUUUAUGCAAAUGCACAAAAAGUGACGAAGACGAGGAUGAAGGUGAUAGUGAAUGGAACAAAUUAUGGAUGUCAGCGCUUAAAGAGAAACUAAGUUUGAUCUGUCUAACAAAGAACGAAGAAGGUCAAACGAAAAUCGCCGGAUUCAAUUGUCUCGUUACAUUUCACAAAGACGAAAUUUUCGAGCCGAAAAGCGAAAAUAGUAGAAACAUGUUCGGAAUGUUCCAAAAUGUAAGCGACCAAAGGAAUGCUUUCGAAGAGUUCAAAUUGGAUAUGUAUUUAUCGGCGAUGGGACUGUACGUGUAUCCAGAAUUCAGAGGCGAAAGAAUCGGGCAAUUCUUGUUGGACGCAAGGAAAGAUAUAGGGAAAUUGUUGGGAUUCAAAGCUAGUUUAACAUUCUUCACUUCAACUGUAUCUCAAAAACUAGCUUAUCGUGUAGGAUUCAAAGAUUAUGUUACGGUGCCGUACGUAGAGUUACUCGAAACCCACAAAGAUUUUCUUUUACCAUCCAUUCUAGACCACAGCAAAGAACUUAAAUACAUGUACAUGCUAUAUUAAAUGUAUGAAGUUAUUCAAUGUUAUCAAUAUAGUUUAGUUUUUUUUU